CCUACCGCAGACUGUGAGCCAGGGCGCCAGGAUGGGCAUCAGUCAGUGCCAGCACCAGUUUAGUAUGCACCGAUGGAACUGCUCCACCUUCAGCGACUCCCCCUACGUGUUCGGCCACCUCCUCCGCAUCAAGAGCAGGGAGAAGGCUUACGUGUACGCCAUCUCAGCGGCGGGCGUGGCUUACAGCGUGACGCGAGCCUGUAGCCGCGGGGAGCUGACGGAGUGUGGCUGUGAUGAGCGGAUCCGCCAGCGACCCACGCGAGGCAGGUGGGUGUGGGGCGGGUGCUCGGAGGACCUGCGUUUUGGUGAGUACUUCAGCAAGGAGUUCGUGGAUGCGAGGGAGGCGAGGAACACAGCGGAGGGACUCAUGAACUUGCAUAACAAUGAGGCCGGACGACGGGCCAUCAGGUCAGAAAUGGAGUUAGUGUGCAAAUGCCACGGCGUCUCGGGGUCCUGCUCCAUGCGGGUGUGUUGGCGCAGGAUGGGAGCCUUCACAAACAUUGGCGACUCCAUCCUGCAGCGCUUUGAGGGAGCCUCCAUCGUCAGAUUUGUAAAGAAGAGAAAGAGAAAGAAACUCCGGCCCCUGAAGAGAGGCUUCAAGCGCCCCACCAGACGGGACCUGGUAUACCUGGAGGAGUCCCCAGACUACUGCACCAGGAAUGAGGAUCUUGGUGUGCUGGGGACAACUGGUCGGCUCUGCAACAAGACAAGCUGGGGCAUGGAUGGCUGCCGGCUACUGUGCUGCGGCCGUGGUUACCAGACCAUGGUAAAGGAAGUGACGGAAAAGUGCAAUUGUAGGUUUGUUUGGUGUUGUAAGGUUCACUGUGAGAAGUGUCAGGUGUCUCGUGAGGAACAUUAUUGUAACUAAGUGUGGUUAGUUUAAGGCGAGUCAAUGCAAGGCUAGAAAUCAACCUUUGGCAGAGGAAGCAAUGGGAUGUGUGCCACCUAACCUAACUGACAUUUUGUAUUCUCUAGACACUGUACCCAUGUUUCUUAGAUCUUGCAUGUACGAAUAAUUCAUCUUAUAUUUUCAAUUAUACAUUUUUGUUGAUUUAACAGAUCUACUUCACUUAUAUGUAUAUUAGAGUGUUCCAGAAAUAUAAAUAUAAAUGUCAGAGCUUUAUGGAAAUCUGGGAUUGAUUACUAAAUGGCCUGAGUACACUGCUAACGUGCAGCAAACUGGGACGAGAUUUUUUCUCAUUGAUUUAUGCUAAGUGAAUUUACUGAACUGUGUAUUUCUGACUGCACCACACACUUCUGUUUCAUCUGUUGGGUAGAGGACACAUUCAUGGUGUUAUGGAACCUUUGUCCAUUCUGAAUAAUUUUUUUGUGAAGGUGGAUUUCAGAAUUUUAUAACUGCAAUGCUUUACCGUGAGUGGAGAUGUAAGUUACAUCAGCUGCUGUAUGUAGAACCAGAUAUAGCUAAAGUGUUUACUUCAGUACUGCUCUUUUUUAACAUAAAAACCAUAUUAAAUUUUAGUCAUGUUUAUUCAUCUGACAAAUGAUUAAAUUGAAAAGGAUUUAUUUCAGUCCAGGUCAUAAUACACUACUCUUUUAAUAUUAAAUUACACAAUUUUCUUUUUAUGCACAACUGGAUUCAAAUAAGGAUCAAGUGGCAAUUCACUACUGUGCUGACAAAAACAUAUCAGCUACCUUUGUUCACAAAAUAUUGCAAACUAUUAUUUUAAUUCCUUAUUUUGAGGAAUGUGCAAAGUUUAAAGAUGUCGUCUAGAACUUCCUCCCCUAAACUGUGUUAUAAAGGGAACGUUUCCUUUGUAAAACUGCUGUUUCUUGUAAAUUGUUCCUUCAACAUUGAUUUGUCAACACUCAGUUUUAUAAAAGGAAAUACUGUAUGUAGUUCAUACUAUCUUUAGAAUGCAGAACGGAAAAAAAGAAAACAUUUUUCUAAAUAAGUGAAAUCCCUCCAGAAAUGUUCAUUCGUCCAAUCAAAGAUUCUCUUUUAAACAUUUGCAAUAAAAUUUAUUUUGACCCAUUCUAUUCAUAUCUAAUGCUUCUUAACUUGCUAAGAGGAUGGCUAUGAUAGGACUCUGCAGGUUGAUAGGGAUCCUUAGAGCAGUGGCUGACUGGCAGUAGCUGGAAAACACAGUAGGAUGUCUGUGGCCACAGCAAACUCUGAUAUGAGGAAUUUGUGCUGUGGUCAUACUAGCAACUACCAGCACUUAUUGGCUGGGUGAACUGAUAUCUGUCAAUAUCCCAAAUACAUAACUCUAAUUCUAACACCACUUGGCACUUCAUACUGUCCAGACACACCAUGAGUCAGGCACAGAUUUCCCCAUCACCAACACAACUGUACCAUCCAGACAGCUCUGAGUGUGCUCCAGAACCUGACUUACCCACAGGUGAACUAAGCUCUGUGCCAAUCAUUACUCGGUCACAGAAAACAAGCCUCUUUAAUAAACCAAAAUAAUUCUACACUUCAGAAUUCUUAUUAUGAUGAGCUAUUUCCCUUGAAUUUGUGAGUGGGUCCAUUGCUGUGGACACUGUGAUGCACCCAUUCUUCAGCCAGUUGGGCUUGAAGUGUGUUGUUGUGUUUGGCUGAGAUCAUACAAGCAUGAAUACUUUUUUGAAGAGUAUAAAAGCCACACUGUCUGUCACUCAACAGUUCCUUAGUUUCAAGGGGAUCAUGCUGCUUGGGUAUCCUCUGAAAUACCCUGCUUAGACUCAACACUUCCAGUCAACUAAAUGUAUGAGUUGUUACCACAAGUGAUCUGCUGUGAAUUUCAAUAACCAUCAAUGUUUCAUUUCCUUGCGCUAUGAAGUAAAACAAUACUGACUUGUUUAGCUAGAAGGAACACCAGUGGAGCCUAGUACCACACCUGGCACUGUCUCUUUGGCCUCUAGUAAUGUUACCGCACCAUUUUAAGUUUUGCUCCGUGUACCUGAUCCUCAUUUUGUAAAUACAGACAGGGCUGUAUGUAGCUCAUGUGAGAUUGUGUAUAUAGCAAAUAUUGUUUCUUCAGGAUGAUGUAGUAAUUGUGUGUGUGUAUAUAAAGUAUUAUUUUAAGAGAGAAGUGAAGACUAACAUUGGAAUACCAAAAGUUGCUCCUGUACACACUUUCACAUGUGCAUGGAUUUGCUAAUACAGUGAGUAAUGACUGCAAUAUAGUGUGAAUACCAGAGCAAUUCAUUUUAUUAUAUGUAUGAUUAUAUAUUAUUGAGUACUGAAUAUAAAUUAAUCUAAUAUUAGAAUAUAUCAUGGAUCAAAUACUAAUUAAAGCAACAUAAACAUUUAGAUCUCAGAUAACUCUAAAAGGUUAGAGAUAAAAUUUGUUUAUAUGUAAUUACUGUUAAGAUUUUCUUUUACAUUUAGAAGUGUUACUGUAGUGACAACAGUGACCCUUGCAUGCAUUCUCAAGAUAACGUGUUUUGUCAUGUAUACAUAUAUUCAUGAUAGUCUAUAUGAAGCAUGAUAAGAGAGCCUUGUCUUUGUUAAUGCAUUACUCUGAAAGCAUUCAGAUGCAGUACAGUCACCAGUGGUAGGCAAUGACUCAGUGUAUGUCAAUUUUCAAACACAGUUGCCAUGUGGGGCCAUCCACAAGGCAGCUGGGUUCCCUCAGGUUCAAUUGACAAUGAUUGGCUCUUGUUUUAGGUGACUUGUGAGUUGUGCACUGGCAAGACAUCUUAAUAAAUGUAGGGAUGA